AUGGAUGUACUCAAGAUGGCCACCAAUGAAAAUCCCUCCCAGGCUGAAGGUAUCGUCAUCGACAACGACUCUACCUCGUCUCCAGGCUCUAGUCCGGAUAUCAUUGACUUGGAUUCACCAGGAUCCUCAACGGAUUCCUUCUCAGCAAGUGACGCUUCACUGUGGGCCUGCAAACGUUGCACCCUCCUUAACCCUCCAGAAGCUCCCGUGUGUGCUGCUUGUGAUGCACGCCGCUUUGCGUCCUCCCCAUCAGCAGCAGUUGAGUUAAUGGAGACGGACAAAAGUGUCACUCCAAAGAUUUCCCAGAGGGAGCGGAGCAGCACCCCUGUAGAAACAGCCGUCCAGAAUCAAGAUGCUGAGCAAGAAAGUCCAAAACCACAAGCAUCCAACAGAAACUCUUUUAUUGACUCAGCAAAGCAAGGUAUCGGACAAUUCUUAUCUAAUGUAAUGUCUGUUAUGAAACCAACCUCUCCAGAGCCUAUUACUCACUCAGCAGAUGAAGUAAAGGCUGCUGUCAAAGAACCCAAAAAUAAGCCCAUUACAGAGAUUCCUCAACCGUCUAAUCAAGAAGAUAUAUGGUCCUGCAAGCUCUGUACCUAUCUUAAUCCAGAUGAGUUUGAGAUAUGCCAGAUGUGUCAGUGCCCAAGCGGAAAUGAACGAGUUGUACGAAAGAAAACUUCAAAUACUGACGCUGACUAUUUUCAGUUUCCACAAUCAGCACAUGAUCUCUCAGGUGAGCCCAGCAAGACUCCAUCAUCCAGCAACACAGUGGUGUCUGGUCAGGGUGCCAGACAAGGAAGCCUAAAGGCUUCAAAUUCAAAGGAUGGAGACAGUACAGAUUCUCCUAGUUCUGCUGCAGAGCCCAUGGAACAGGAGGCAAUUGAUCUGACUGACUCUAAAAGAUUGAACUCAGAAAUGUGUACAUCAUGUGGGAUUAAGUCUAAAAAAUCUUCAGGCCUAUGUGAACAAUGUGGAAACUAUCUGGGUAGCCAAAGUGGAUCAGCUGAUGCAUCUGUAAGUGUAAAAGCAAAAGGGCCAGCAAGUGGACCGUCCAAGGCUUCAGACUCGGGUAAGCUAUCGCCUAAAAUGCCUGGUAAGGAGCGAUCAACACGUGUUGCUCUCAGACGCAAACGCUGGACCUGUGCGAAAUGCACCCUGGUUAACGAUGACGUCCAUGACCAAUGCAAGGCGUGUGGAGAGGCUAAGGUUGCGGCGAUGACACUACACAGAGAGAACAUUCUCAGCCAGUUCAUUCCUCGGGAGAACGAGUGGGCCUGUCCGCAGUGCACCUUUGCAAACCCGGUCGUCCUCAAGUCCUGCUCGAUCUGCGGGACGUGGCGACUGAAGGAACCUGGAACGCAGAGUGAACACUGGCUGUGUCCCCAGUGCACCCUGGAGAACUCGUUGCAGUUAACCCAUUGCAGUGUUUGUGGCGAAAAGAAAACGGAAGUAGAGAAAGGGGCAGUGGAGGUGAUUAGGGACGGCCGGAUGAAGCGACAAAAGAGUGUGAUGUCGGCUUCCAGAAGGAAGGAAGAUGAAGAGAAUGCAAGGGAACAGUUUCAAAGAAUCAGCCUUUUUUGUAAACAUAACACUAUGCAGUUUGUUGACGAUUCCUUCCCACCGGCGCAGAGAUCUCUCUCCUUUAAGCCCAGUGAGCCCGGACUCCACACCAAAGCCUCUCAGUGGCUCAGACCAGACCGCAUCACAUUCUCAAGCUCGGAGACGGUAGAUUCGGUCAAGUGGGAGGUUUUCCGCACCCCACUUCCAUCUGACAUCUCACAGGGUGUCUUGGGAAACUGCUGGUUUCUAAGUGCUUUAGCUGUCAUUGUUGAGCGACCCGAGAUCUUGGAGCAUAUCAUGAUUUCCAAGACGGUGAACAACGAGGGCGCUUAUCAGAUCCGACUGUGCCGAGAUGGACUAUGGGAAACAGUUCUUAUUGAUGACUUGUUUCCAUGCGAUGAAAGGGGCAGACUCGUCUUCUCAAAGGCUAAAAGGAAACAGCUUUGGGUUCCAUUGAUUGAGAAAGCCCUUGCCAAGAUGAGUGGGUGCUACGAGGCACUUGUAGCUGGUAGGUGCUUAGAGGGACUGGCCACACUGACUGGUGCACCCUGUGAGAGUCUACAACUACACGCCAGCAGUGCAGUACGGGGUGAAGUCAUAGACAAGGACCUGGUUUGGGCCAAGCUGCUUAGCUCUAAAGAGGCUGGGUUCUUGAUGGGUGCCUCGUGUGGUGGCGGAAACAUGAAGGUUGAUUCUGAGCUGUACCAGAAUGUUGGACUCAGACCCCGCCAUUCCUACUCGGUUCUGGAUGUUCAAGACAUCUGUAGUAACAGAUUAAUUCGUCUUCGCAACCCGUGGGGGCGCUAUUCAUGGCGUGGGGACUGGUCAGAUGAUUGGCCCAAGUGGCCUCCGGACAUGAGGGAGGCAUUAAUGGCCCAUGGUGCCGGGGAAGGUGUAUUCUGGAUGUCACUCAAAGAUAUGAUGAGAUUCUUUGACUGUGUGGAUAUUUGCAAACUCCACUCCAACUGGGCAGAGGUCCGGGUCGAGGGAGUUUUACCCAACUAUGCCGGGGGUCCAAUGAAGGUGACAAUGCUGACGGUUGACAAGCCGACAGAGAUUGACUUCACUCUCAAUCAGACAUGGAGGAGAUUAGAGAAGUCCUCCCGAAACCCCCUUGACCUCACAAUUGUCGUCCUGAGAGCAUGCGGUAUGACGACCUCUGGCAUGUCAAAGGUCGUGACUUACUGCAAGAGGCAGCUGAGGGCGUUUGUCGGCUGUAGUGCAUUCUUUGAGCCUGGUUUGUACGUAGUGGUGUGUAUGGCGUUCAAUCACUGGAGUACGGGUGUGAAUAUGAGUGGUCUACGGAGUCCCACAGGAGCCAAAGACCAUCCUCCCUAUGCCCUGACUCUACACAGCUCCCAUCCAGUCAGUGUCAGUCAGAUCAAACCAACCCAGCACGCCAUUGCAGAUGCUCUCAUCAUGCUGGCUGUACAAAAAGGCAAACGACAUGAGGGUCGGGAAGGUGUGACGUGUUACAACCUAGACCAUGGAUGGUCAGGUUUCAUCAUCGUGGUAGAGAACAGACACUCUGACUACAGUCUGCAUAUGAAGUGUGACUGUAAUGGGAGCUUUAAUGUAGUGUCUACUAGAGGUAGUCUGAUAACUGUAGACUGUAUACCACCGCUACACAGACAAGUUUUGACCGUCCUGACCCAAGUGGUGGAGUCCAGCUAUACCAUCUGCCAUCUGACGACCCACCGUCUGUCCCUGAAGAAAGACCUCCAGGACUGGGGCCCUCGUAGGGCGAGUCAUGUCCCAGAAAUCACACCAGACAUCAUGGGACUGCACCAGCCGCGUCCCAUUUAGAGUCUGUGCGUCCGAUUGAA